UGCGGCCCGGCAGUGGUCUCCCUGCGCUCCGAGGCCCCGCCUCCGGCCUCAGCAUCUUUCCGGACGCGCGGAGCCGCCGGGGAAGAAAGAGGUUGGGCCUGGCGGCUCGGCCCCGCCUCGGCAGCCUCCAAUUGGGCGUGGGUGAGGGCACCCCCUCCCGCCGCCUUCCCAUUGGAGCGCGCGUGCGAGCGGCGCGCCCCAUUGGGCCGUGCGGAUUUGGGCACCAAAUUCAAAGAUUUUAAAAGUACCAGCUGGCGCCUUUUAGAAGCUAGACCUCUGAGAAGCGGGUGGCCCGUUUCUCUGCCGCGGGCGCAGCUCCCUCACCUGAGGCGGACCCCCACUUGCCCUGGCAUGAGCCGGUGCCUCUGCAGCUGCUCCCCACGGCCGCCCUCCGGUUCCUGCCGCUGCACCUACGGCGUCCUGACAGCCGCCGGGCGCCCUCGCCCCUUGGACGGUUGUAAAGAAGAAAGUUCCACUGUCUCUGUCAAAAUGAAGUGUGAUUUUAACUAUAACCAUGUUCAUUCUGGAAUUAAACCGGUAAAGCCUGAUGACAGAAGACAAGGUUCCUACACUACUGCGAAUUUGGAAGGUUCUUAUAAAGACUUCGUUAAAGACUAUGAAAGGUUAUCAGAUAUUGGGUCACCAAUUGUGAGCCCCAGGAUUGUAGAACUUGAAACUGAGAGCAAGCCCUUGCAUAAUAAGGAAAAUCUCCAUGUACAGCAAACACUUAAUAGUUCAAAUGACAUAGAAGAACUAGAGACCAGUGGACCUUAUGAAGACAGUGGCUACUCUUCAUUUUCCCAGCAAAGUGGCCUCAGUGAACAUGAAGACAGUAGCCUUCCCCUGGUGGAAAAUUUCAGUGACAGUCCACAGUCUUGCCUGCUACGGACGCAAAGCCCAGACCAAUAUCCCAACAAAAACUUGCUGCCGGCUCUUCAUUUUGAAAAAGUGGUUUGUUCAACAUUAAAAAAAAAUUGUAAACGAAAUCCUAAAAUAGAUUGGGAGAAGCUGAAGGAAUUUAUAUCCAGUGGAAAUUUUAGACUACAGAAUAUAAUUGGCAGGAAAAUGGGCCUAGACUGUGUAGAUAUUCUCAGUGAACUCUUUCGAAGGGGACUCAGACAUCUCUUAGCAAAUAUUUUGACACAGCUCAGUGAUAUGGACUUAAUCAAUGUGUCUAAAGUGAGCACAACUUGGAAGAAGAUUCUAGAAGAUGAUAAGGGGGCAUUGCAAUUGUACAAUAAAGCAAUACUAAGAAUUACCGAAAAGAACAUUAAGUUUUCACCACACGCUUCAACCAGAGAGUAUGUUUUAUUCAGAACCCCAUUAGUAUCCGUGCAAAAGUCAGCCACCCAGACUCUCCCCAAAAAAGACGCUCAAACCAAGUUACCUGAUCCAGGUGAUCAGAAAGGUUCUCCUUACAGUCGACACAGUGAAUUCUCUGAGGUUGCCAGAACUUUGAAAAAGAACGAAAGCCUCAAAGCCUGUAUUCGCUGUAGUUCACCUGCAAAAUACGAUUGUUAUUUACAACGGGCAACCUGUAAACGAGAAGGCUGCGGAUUUGAUUAUUGCACAAGGUGCCUGUGUAAUUAUCAUACCACUGAAGACUGUUCAAAUGGCAAGCCCCUAAAAGCCAGUUAUAAAAUGGGUCCUUUGCCUGGUACUAAGAAAAGCAAGAAGAAUUUACGACGACUGUGAUCUCUUAAUAAAUCAGUUGUAAGUGAUCUUGAAGGUUAGUUAGAAACUGUUAGGUUUUAACU